AUGCGCCUCAUCAUACGAAAAGACUAUGAUCAAGUCAGCGAAUAUAUGGCUUCGUACAUCAAGAAACGUAUUCUAGAAUUCAAACCAACUCCAAACCGACCAUUCGUUCUUGGCCUUCCGACAGGCUCAUCGCCAAUUGGCACAUACAAGAAACUGGUGGAGUAUCAUCGAAAGGGCGAGUUAUCGUUUCAGGACGUGAUCACUUUCAAUAUGGAUGAGUAUGUUGGAUUGCCGAGGGACCAUCCAGAAAGUUAUCACUCGUUUAUGUGGAACCAUUUUUUCAAGUACAUUGACAUAAAACCGCAAAAUGCUCAUGUUCUGAAUGGGAAUGCGAGUGAUUUGGAUGCUGAAUGUUUGCAAUUUGAGGAGAAGAUCAAAGCUGUUGGCGGUAUUGAAUUGUUCUUGGGAGGAAUUGGCCCUGACGGUCACAUAGCAUUCAACGAGCCUGGAUCUUCCCUAACAUCAAGAACACGUGUAAAGACACUAGCGUACGACACGAUCAUCGCGAACUCGCGUUUCUUUGAUGGUGAUAUCAGCAAGGUUCCGCGAAUGGCGUUGACUGUCGGUGUUGGAACAGUGAUGGAUGCACAUGAAGUCGCUGUUAUCAUAAGUGGUGCUCAUAAAGCUCUCGCAUUGGCUAAAUGCAUCGAAGAAGCUUUGAUUGUGUGCGACGAAGAUGCCACGCUUGAACUCCACGUGAAAACAGUGAGAUAUUUCACAAAUAUCGAGAAGGUGCAAGCCGAGUUGAUUGGAUUGGAGAAUGUUGGAUUGCAAGGCGGAAUCAAAAAAUACUCUACUCCCGUUCCGUCUCCUGUUCGUGAUCAGUUCUACGGGGUCCCUUUCAAAACCCCUUUCAAAAAAGAAUGA